AUGAUUGGUCGUCUACCUCCUAUUGUAAUAGAUAAUGGCACAGGAUACUCAAAAAUAGGUUAUGCUGGGAAUACGGAACCCCAGUCAAUCAUUCCUUCCUGCAUCGCCGUAAAAGAAUACAGUAAAGUUGGCACCAGAGAAGUUAGGCGACUUGGGACUGGCCUAGAUGACUUAAAUUUUUACAUUGGAGAUGAGGCGCUUGCUCUGGAAGGAAAAAAUGACUUUUCAGUCAAGUGGCCUAUUCGUCAUGGCAUUAUUGAAGAUUGGGAUUUAAUGCAACGUUACAUGGAACAACUUAUUUUUAAAUUACUUCGAGCAGAGCCUGAAGAUCAUUAUUUCUUAUUGACUGAACCACCACUGAAUACACCGGAGAAUCGUGAAUACUUAGCUGAAAUUAUGUUUGAAACAUUUAACAUUCCUGGUCUUUAUAUCGCUGUACAAGCUGUUUUGGCAUUAUCAGCUUCAUGGUGUUACAAUCGAACCGGUGGUCGUUCACUUACUGGAACUGUCAUUGACUCAGGUGAUGGUGUUACACAUGUUAUUCCUGUAGUCGAUGGCUAUGUGAUUGGAUCAUGUAUUAAACAUAUACCAAUAGCCGGACGUGAUAUUACUUCGUUUAUUCAACAUUUACUUAGAGAACGUGAAACAAAUAUUCCACCAGAAUUAAGUAUGGAAGUUGCUAAACAAAUUAAAGAACGCUACUCAUAUGUUUGUCCUGAUUUACCUAAAGAAUUUGCUAAAUAUGAUAGUGAACCAGAUAAAUGGAUUAAACAACAUGUGGUGUCAAAAUCAGCCAAAUAUCCAUCAUUUUCUGUUGAUGUUGGUUAUGAACGUUUCUUAGGUCCGGAAAUAUUCUUUCAACCUGAAUUUGUUAAUCCAGAUUUUACAACCUCAUUAAGUGAUGUUAUAGAUGAAGUUAUUCAAAAAUCACCGAUUGAUUCACGUCGUGGACUUUACGGAAAUAUCGUUUUAUCAGGAGGUAGUUCAAUGUUCAAACACCUUGAUCGUCGUUUACAACGAGAUAUUAAACGAAAUGUUGAUAACCGUUUGAAAUUAACAGAGGAACUUACUGGCGGACGUGUAAAGCCGAAAUCGAUCGAUGUUAAAGUGGUUUCACAUCCUAUGCAACGUUAUGCUGUCUGGUUUGGUGGUUCAGUGCUUGCUAAUGAGAGUGAAUUUUACAACGUAUGCCACACUAAAGCACAAUAUGAAGAAAUCGGUCCAGCUAUAUGCCGUCACAAUCCUGUUUUUGGUACAAUGACUUAA